GUUCACUGUGAGCAGACAGGUAAUGUUGCAGCGUAAGAAGUUUCUCACUGUCACCUUGGCUAGCUACAGUAAACAGUUUCUCCUCUACUAGUUAGUCCAGAAAAACAACUUAAGAAAGCCUGACAGGUGGUGUCUGUUCUGGUCUGUAAGGGCAGAUCUGAGGGUCACACGUACAGGCCUUUACAGUGACUGAAUAUCUAGAUAUUGCAUGUAGGUAGCAGCUGGAGACGGGGACUGUACUCUGUCUGCUGGCUUGUCUGUUAAUGGGGCGGAUGAGACAGGCAGGUAGGUUGUAUGGGAGAAUGACAUGUCAAAGGCUAUUGGACUACGCACCAGAGUGAAAGACAGGAAAAGUCUUGUCGAACAUGGAAUUUCUGAAGAGCCUGGUUCCGGCUGCCAUCUCAGGGGAAGGGUCCAUUGAACAUGGGGGAGCCGUUCCCAGGGACUCGGGUCCACGGCUCCUUCGCAUGAAACGACUGGGCCUGCUGGUCAUGGGACAGACCAUUGAUGAGGAUCGGAUAGAUCCGAUGAUAGAGGUAGACACAGGGAUUGCGUCCUCCACGCCUGCCCGCAGUAACCGAACCCGCCUUAAAGGAAACAUCCGUCAUAUUAGAAAAAUCUCCUUUUUUCAUCAUGCUGGUGGUGUCAGGGGUCAUAAUGCUUCUGCACCAGUCAGCAGCAGCGUGAGUAGACGCCGUGCGCCCUCCUCGGUGACUCCCCUCUCGUGGGAGAAACACAACAUCGCCGCCAUGUCGAGCAUCACCAUCGACCCCGAGCUCAAGCCUGGGGAGUUUGUCAUCAAGAGUCUAUUUGCUGAGUUUGCUGUGCUGGCUGAGAAGAAGAUCGAGAUGGUGAUGGCUGAACCGCUGGAGAAACCCUUGUCCCGAUCCCUCCAGAGAGGGGAAGAUGCACAAUUUGACCAGUUAAUAAGCUCUAUGAGCUCAAUAGCAGAACACUGUUUGCCCUCCCUACUGCGCACACUGUUCGACUGGUACCGGCGGCAGAGUGGCACUGAAGACGAGUCUUAUGAGUACACGCGCUCCAGUACUAAGUCCAAAGGAGACGAACAGCACCGGGAUAAAGAUUACCUUCUGGAACGGAGGGACUUAGCCAUAGAUUUCAUUUUUUGUUUAGUUUCCGUGGAAGUUCUAAAACAGAUUCCUCUUCAUCCAGUGCCAGAUGUUUUAGUACAUGAAGUUCUAAACCUGGCAUUCAAGCACUUUAAACACAAAGAGGGGUACUGUGGCCCCAACACUGGCAAUGUGCACAUCAUCGCAGACUUGUAUGCUGAGGUUAUUGGAGUCCUUACACAGUCAAAGUUUCAGGCAGUGAGGAAGAAGUUCAUCACAGAACUGAAGGAGCUCAGGCAAAAAGAGCAGAGUCCCUAUGUAGUCCAGAGUAUCAUCAGUCUCAUCAUGGGCAUGAAGUUCUUCCGGGUCAAAAUGUAUCCAGUGGAGGAUUUUGAGGCUUCUUUUCAGUUCAUGCAGGAGUGUGCCCAGUAUUUCCUGGAAGUCAAGGAUAAGGACAUAAAGCACGCUCUAGCUGGCCUUUUUGUCGAGAUCCUCAUCCCUGUUGCAGCUGCGGUGAAAAAUGAAGUCAAUGUGCCCUGCCUGAAGAACUUUGUGGAGAUGCUAUACCAAACAACAUUUGACCUUAGUUCCAGAAAGAAGCAUUCUUUGGCUCUGUAUCCACUGGUGACAUGCUUGCUGUGUGUUAGUCAGAAGCAGUUCUUCCUCAACAACUGGCACAUCUUCCUCCAGAACUGCCUCUCUCACCUGAAGAACAAAGACCCCAAAAUGUCACGUGUGGCACUGGAAUCGCUCUACAGACUGCUCUGGGUUUACAUUAUCAGGAUCAAGUGUGAGAGUAAUACUGUCACACAGAGUCGACUACUCAGCAUCGUUUCAGCACUUUUCCCAAAAGGCUCCAGGAGUGUGGUGCCCAGGGACACACCCCUUAACAUCUUUGUCAAGAUCAUCCAGUUCAUAGCUCAGGAAAGACUGGACUUUGCUAUGAAGGAGAUAAUCUAUGACCUCCUGUGUGUGGGCAAGUCUCACAAAACCUUUGCCAUCAAUCCAGAGAGGAUGAAUAUUGGGUUGCGAGCCUUCUUGGUGAUUGCUGACAGCCUACAGCAGAAGGAUGGGGAGCCUCCUAUGCCUACGACAGGGAUCAUCAUGCCCUCUGGCAACACCCUGCGUGUCAAGAAGAUCUUCCUCAACACCACCCUCACUGAUGAAGAAGCCAAGGUCAUAGGCAUGUCACUGUACUACCCACAAGUAAGAAAGGCCUUGGAUAACAUCCUGCGACACCUGGACAAGGAGGUGGGACGCUCCAUGAGUAUGACCAGUGUACAGAUGUCCAACAAGGAGCCUGAGGACAUGAUUACGGGAGAGAGGAAGCCAAAGAUUGAUCUGUUCCGUACGUGUGUGGCCGCCAUCCCAAGACUGAUACCAGAUGGCAUGAGCAGACAAGACCUAAUAGAGCUUCUAGCCAAACUGACCAUCCACAUGGAUGAGGAGCUACGUGGCCUCGCCUUCACUACCCUUCAGGCCCCGAUGGUGUAUUUCCCGGAGUGGCGGGAGGAUGUUCUCUCAGGUUUUGUCUAUUUCAUUGUCCGAGAGGUGACUGACGUCCACCCCACACUGCUGGACAAUGCUGUCAAGAUGCUACUGCAGCUCAUCAGCCAAUGGAGGCAGGCAGUGCAGAGCAGCAAUAAGAGCCACGAUGUGCAGGGCUCAAGCAGCGGUCAUUCUCUGUCCCUGGACCGCACUCCUCCGUUGGGUGUGCUCCAUGUGGUAGAGGGUUUAGCACUGGUGGUGCUUUGUAGCUGCCGCCCUGCCACACGCAGGCUGGCUGUUAAUGUCCUCAAAGAGGUCAGAGCGCUGCAUACUGCACUGGGCAUUGGCAAGGGGGAUGAGGAAUUAGCCAUUGAUGUAAUGGACAGAUUAAGCGCAUCAGUGUUGGAGAGCUUUAUUCAUCUCACAGGAGCUGACCAGACAAACCUGCUGUACUGUCCCAGUGGCAUUGAUCUUCAGACGCUAGCAGAGUGGAGCUCUUCUCCCAUCAGCCACCAGUUUGAUGUGGUGAGCCCCUCGCACAUCUGGGUGUUUGCCCACGUUACUCAGGGCCAGGACCCCUGGGUCAUCAGCUUCUCCAGCUACCUGCGGCAGGAAAACCUGCCCAAACAUUGCCCCACUGCCCUCAACUAUGCCUGGAUGUUUGCCUAUACCCGUCUGCAGCUACUCUCUCCACAAGUUGACAUCAAUAGCCCCAUCAAUGCCAAGAAAGUGAACAGUCUGAACAGCAGUGACUCCUACAUUGGUCUUUGGAGGAACUACCUGAUUCUGUGCUGCAGCUCCGCCUCCUCCUCCACCUCCAUGUGUUCCUCAUCCUCCACCUCUGGCUCCGUCCGCUGCUCCCCGCCUGAGACGCUGGCGUCCACACCGGACAGCGGCUACAGUUAUGAUUCAAAGAUUGUUGGCACUCCGUCCCCCUCCUCGCUGUUCAAACACAUUGUUCCAAUGAUGCGCUCUGAGAGCAUGGACAUCACAGAGUCUCUUGUGUUGGGGCUUGGCAGGACCAACCCCGUGGCCUUCAGAGAGUUGAUAGAGGAACUAAAUCCCAUCAUAAAGGAAGCUCUAGAAAGAAGACCUGAAAACAUGAAGCGGCGCAGGCGUCGUGACAUCCUCAGGGUCCAGCUGGUCCGGAUAUUUGAGCUGCUGGCUGAUGCUGGUGUCAUCAGUCAGAUAGCCAGUGGAGGAUUAGAUGGAGAGAGCCACUCUCUGAACAGUGCACUGCUUGAGUAUGUUGAUCUGACCAGGCAGUUGCUUGAGGCUGAAAAUGACAAGGACUCUGACACACUGAAGGACAUUCGCUGUCACUUCAGUGCACUUGUGGCCAAUAUCAUUCAGAAUGUCCCAGUACACCAGAGGAGGACCAUCUUCCCCCAGCAGUCACUGAGACACAGUCUGUUCAUGCUGUUCAGUCACUGGGCCGGACCCUUCAGCAUCAUGUUCACUCCCUUGGACCGCUACAGUGACAGAAAUAUGCAGAUCAACCGGCAUCAGUACUGUGCACUUAAGGCCAUGUCUGCAGUGUUGUGUUGUGGACCUGUAGCUGACAAUGUUGGCCUUUCCUCUGAUGGCUACCUCUACAAGUGGCUGGACAACAUCCUGGAUUCUCAGGACAAGAAGGUUCACCAGCUGGGUUGUGAGGCUGUGAUGCUGCUGCUAGAGCUCAAUCCAGACCAGAGCAACCUCAUGUUUUGGGCUGUGGAUCGCUGCUACACCGGCUCUCGCCGUGUGGCUGCUGGUUGUUUCAGGGCCAUUGCCAAUGUCUUUCACAACAGGGAUUACCAAUUUGACACUGUGGUGCUGCUGAACCUUAUUCUGUUCAAGGCGGCAGAUUCUUCCAGGGAGAUCUAUGAGGUGGCCAUGCAGCUGUUACAGAUCCUGGAACCCAAGCUCUUCCGUUAUGCCCACAAAUUGGAGAUCCUGCGAACAGAUGGUAUCUUGACCCCUCCCUCACCGCUGCCACAUCUCUACUCUGUGUCUUACUACCAGCUGUCUGAGGAGCUGGCAAGGACUUACCCAGAGCUCACGCUACCCAUCUUCUCAGAGGUGAGCCAGCGUAUCCAGACAGCUCAUCCUGGUGGUCGUCAAGUCAUGUUGCACUACCUCCUGCCUUGGAUGAAUAACGUGGAGCUGGUUGAUUUCAAACCGACUGCACGGCGACCAGAGGAUUGCGGCAGUGGCGAAGAGGAUGAGGAUGUACACGAGAGGGAGAUCAUGAUGGUCAACAGCCGGCGCUGGCUCCGUGGAGAGGGCUGGGGCUCCCCUCGAGCAACAACCAUGGUGCUAAACAAUCUCAUGUUCAUGACCGCUAAGUAUGGGGAUGAGUUUGCUUGGUCAGAGAUAGAGAAUGUAUGGACCACAUUAGCAGACAGCUGGCCAAAGAACCUCAAAAUCAUUCUGCACUUCCUCAUCAGUAUGUCAGGAGUCAACAGUGACCCCAGCCUAUUGCCCUAUGUGAAACGGGUCGUGGUUUACUUGGGCAGAGAUAAGACUAUGCAGCUGCUGGAGGAGUUGAUGUGUGAGCUUGAGUUGACUGAUCCUGUUAGCUCAGCGGUCACUCACAUGGACAACCCCCCCUAUUACCGCAUCACCUCCAGUUACAAGAUCCCCUCAGUCACCUCAGGAACAACCUCCAGCAGCAAUACCAUGGUGCCCGGAAAUGAUGGUCAUCAUGAUGGCAAGAUCAAAGACUCUAACAUGGAGGACAGUUACACCCACCUGGAUAUCUACAGUGGUCUGAACAGUAACCUGAACCGCCAGCACCACCGUCUGGAGUCUCGUUACAGCAGCAGCUCUGGAGGCUCCUAUGAAGAGGAGAAGAGUGACUCGAUGCCACUUUAUGCUAACUGGCGUUUGAAAGUGAUGGAUCACAACCGGCCAGAGCCUCUCCCCUUCCCUCCUACAGGGGGCUGUUGGUCUCCUCUUCUGGACUACCUGCCAGAGACAAAUGCCCCCGCUGUCCCGCUCCACAGAUGUAACAUUGCAGUCAUCUUACUAACAGACCUCAUUGUGGACCACGGGGUCAAAGUGGAGUGGAGUGCCUACCUGCACCUUUUGCUCCAUGCAAUUUUUAUUGGGUUUGAUCACCAGCACCCAGAAGUCUACGAGCACUGCAAACGUCUGCUGCUUCACCUGCUCGUUGUCCAGGGAGCAAAUAGCAACGUCCAGUCUGUGGCUAUGGUGCUUUUACGCAACAGAGACUACAAUGAGCCGAGGGUCCUGACUGUGAAGCCAGUAGCUCCAGAGUUGAACCUCACAGGAGUGCAGGAGUUUUUGCCGGAUUGUCAGCCAUCACCUAUGACAGACUCAGGCCUCAGCUCGAGCUCCACGUCAUCCAGUAUAAGUCUGGGGACAGGGGGAACUGCUCUAUCCCACCUCUCCCCCACACUCCUCAGUGAGGUAGAUGUCACUGCUGAACAGGACGAGAAGGUCAAAGCUCUUAUUGAGUUCAUUACAUCAAGAAAGCGGGGCCCGCUCUGGAACCAUGAGGAUGUGUCGCCCAAGAACCCAAACAUUAAGAGCGCUGACCAGCUGAGUGUUUUCGUCAGACACGUAGUGACUGUCUUCAAGCAUUCCCAGUCAGGUUUCCAGCUCGAGUCAUUGCUGAGUGACGUAGCCCUACAAACAGCUCUGUCUUGCUCUUCUCGACACUACGCUGGUCGCUCCUUCCAGAUUUUCAGGGCACUCAAGCAACCUCUGACUCCAGCUUUACUGUCUGACAUUCUCUCUCGGCUGGUAGAGACUGUAGGAGACCCAGGAGAGGAGGCUCAGGGCUUUGUCAUUGAACUACUCCUGACACUGGAGUCAGGCAUUGACACGCUAGCAGACACAGUCAAAAACUAUGACCUCCUCACUGCCUUAGCACAAACCUCUACCCGUGAUCAGUUCUUGGGGCCCAAGUUUGCUGCCAACAGGAAAAGCACAGGCCAGCUGAACACGAACAGCGGUGGUCUGUUCCAUCACGCCCAUACUCGCAGCAACUCUCUUCGUGCCAGCCUGAUGGGUGAACGAAAAGCCGACAGACGAAGGAGUAACACCCUUGACGUAGCCGACCGACUUGGUGGUAGCCAUGGAAACCUGGCCCGCACGCGGAGCUUAUCAUCGCUAGGUGGGGGAGGGGGUCCAGGAGGGGAUGCCAUCCCCCCCGUGGACCCGUCAAAUCUGAUGGCCACUGUGUUUUGGAUAGCCGCCUCGCUGCUCGAGUCGGACUAUGAGUUUGAGUAUCUGCUGGCCCUGCGGCUACUUAACAAGCUGCUAGGCCAGCUGCCUCUGGAUCGUCCAGACAGCAGAGAACGCCUGGAGAAGGUCCAGGCCAAGCUCAAGUGGUACAGCUUCCCUGGCCUGCUGCAGCUCUUCCUUAAGGGCUUCACCUCUGCUUCUACUCAGGAGCUCACCAUCCACCUGCUUAGCAAGCUCAUCAGUGUGUCCAGACAUACACUGAUAGACCCUUCACAAGUGGCAGGUUUUCCUUUGAAUAUCCUGUGCCUACUACCACAUCUUAUCCAGCACUUUGACAGCCCCACUCCUUUCUGUAAGGAGACAGCUGAUAAGAUAGCCAAGGUGUGUGCGGAUGAGAAGUCAGCCACUCUCUCCAACCUGGCCCACAUGAUGAGCCUGUACAGCACACACAGCUAUUCCCGCGACUGUACCAACUGGAUUAACGUGGUCUGUCGCUAUCUCCACGAUGCCUUCGCUGAGAUAACCUUGAACCUGGUCACUUACUUGGCUGAGCUGCUAGAGAAGGGCCUUCCCAGCAUGCAGCAAUCCUUGUUGCAGAUCAUCUACAGCCUGCUGAGUCACAUUGACCUAUCAGCAGCCCCUGUCAAACAGUUCAACCUGGAGAUCAUGAAGAUCAUUGGCAAAUAUGUUCAGAGCCCACACUGGAAGGAGGCCCAAAACAUUCUUAAGUUGGUGGUGUCUCGCUCAGCCAGCCUUGUCGUCCCAGACGAUGUGCAGCGCUCGUAUAGCACAGAAUCAUGCAGCUCUCCAGAAAUUGCCUUCACACGCAUAUUCAACAACUCUUCGAAGGAGCUGCCUGGCAAAACUCUGGACUUCCACUUUGACAUCUCGGAGACACCAAUUAUAGGGCAUAAAUAUGGUGACCAGCGUACUGCAGCAGGCCGCAAUGGAAAGCCGCAGGUGAUUGCCGUAACUAGGAGUACCUCCUCCACAUCAUCCGGCUCUAACUCUAAUGGUUUGGUGCCAGUGAGCUGGAAGAGACCACAACUCUCUCAGAGAAGAACCAGAGAGAGGCUGAUGAAUGUCCUGUCUUUAUGUGGCCCGGAGUCUGGCAUUCCCAAAAAUCCAUCUGUGGUAUUCUCCUCCAAUGAGGAUCUGGACUCUGCCGACCAGCAAACCAGUCUUAUACCCACAGUGGAGGAGGUGGUCAGAGAAGAGGACGUGCAGGGAGAAGAUACGGGCAGUGAGCAGCAGUUUGGCGUCUUCAAGGACUUUGACUUCUUAGAUGUGGAGUUGGAGGAUGCCGAGGGGGAGAGCAUGGACAACUUCAACUGGGGGGUGCGUCGACGCUCCCUGGAGAGCAUGGACAAGGGGGACACGCCGUCUUUGCAAGAGUGCCAGUACACAGGCAGCACGCCAAGCCUCAACCUCACCAACCACGAGGACACGGAUGAAUCGUCUGAGGAGGAGGUACUGAGCGCUAGCCAGAUUCUCACCCGCUCUGGCCUUCUUAACAGCGACUCUGCUACCGAUGAUACCGCGUCCAACCAUGUGGACUCUCUGCAGCAGUCUCAAGAAUCGUCCAGCAGUGCUCUGACCGAGGAGGCAACUGUCCUACCUUCUCUGCCCUCCCUUCCUCGACUGGAUAGCCCCAUGUUGGAGAUGGCCCACUCAGACAGCACCAGCAGCCAGCUGCCUGAGGAUGCCGUAAGCAUGACCGCAGCAGAUGAGCUGAGCAGCAGUGUGAGUGAGGACACGGGGUUUUGCAGCGCCCCCCCUCUGCCUUCUGACCCAGGGGAACUGUGUGACCUCCCGGACUCGCAGGACCCUCAGGAUGCUCAGGAACCCCAGGAGACCCAGGACCCUCAUGAAGACCUGGAUCCAGCCCCCCCUCCCCCGCCGGCCAUAGACACUCCACCGGGGUCCCUCUGUGAGGAGGAAUCCCAAACAGUCCUGCCUCUGUCUCUGCCCCUGUCCAUGCCACCAGAGACAAAGCCAGAUUCAGAUCCGGACCCAGACAGCACCUGUGGCUCUGUGUGGGAGGAAAAUGUGACACAGGCCUUGAAGGAGCUGGAUGAGCGCUGUGAGGAGGAGGAGGCCGACUUCUCUGGCAUGUCCAGUCAAGAUGAAGGUGACGCAGACUGCUUCCCAGAGAUUCAGGCCUCUCCGCCCCCUUCGCCCUUCCUCUCUGCUAUCCUGGCAGCAUUCCAGCCUGUUGCCUAUGACAAUGAGGAAGAUGCCUGGCGUUGCCAUGUCAACCAGAUGUUGUCAGAUACAGAUGGUUCCUCCGCUGUUUGCACUUUCCACGUGUUCUCCCGACUCUUUCAGAGCAUUCAGAGGAAAUUUGGCUCCAUUACACACGCAUCUGUUCGCUUUCUCGGGGAAAGGCUCCAGCGAAUGGGCAAUCAGUUCCUCAGCUCCCUGGAAGUCAUGACGUCUCGCUCGCAGUGCCCCACUGUGCUGCUGGAUGCAGAGACGCUGGUCUCUUGUGGACUGUUGGAGACUCUGAAGUUUAGUGUGCUGGAGUUGCAGGAACACCUGGACACCUACAACGCCAAGAGAGAAGCAGCAGAGCUUUGGCUGGAGAACUGCAGGAAAACAUUUGGGGACAAAGACAGCAGCCAACGACCCAAUACUCAUGCACAGCAAAUGGAAAAUCUAGCAGAGCUGGAGUUAUGUCGCAGGCUCUAUAAGUUGCACUUUCAGCUGCUUCUGCUCUUCCAGGCCUACUGUAAGCUCAUCAGCAGGGUGGACACCAUCAAGAGAGAGGCGGAGGUGACCAACAUGUCUGACGAGCUCACCAUCCUAGAGAGCUGUUUGAAGGAGGCAGAAACAGGAAAUGAUGGUCAGGAGGAUGUGUGCAUGUCAGACACUGCCCAGACCAACACAGAGACGGCCAUCCAAUCGCUGAUUGAAACUCUGAGAAACAGAGACUUCAGCUCUGCCGUCACACAGGUCAAAGUCUUUAGAUCUUUGUGGCCUAACGACAUCUUUGGCAACGAGACAGACAACGCAGUCCAGACCCUGCUGCACAUCUACUUCCGUCACCAGACGCUGGGCCAGACGGGCUGCUUGGCGGUGGUGGGCCCCAGCAGGGACCUGUCUCAGGCUAGCACCCGCCUCAUGGAGCUCAACCUGCAGAUCCGUGAGGCUCUGAGUCAGGCGCAGGCCUGCCAGCCCAACAGCACCAUGGUCAGCACUGGACUGUGAACCUGUGGUACAACAGGCUGCAAGCCUGGACUUGACAGGACAAAUAUACCCCCCUGCUCUAUACAGACCUCACCUCAGCUGUAGAGAGAGGGUAGACAGUGAGGGGUUACAGAGGAGGACGAGAGAGACUCCACCUAUAAAGGGCUAAAGGAUGUGUGGGAAUAACUGUGACUCUUAAUAUAUAUUAUUACUUGUAUGAAUGCCUAAAGCUAACAUCUUUUCCCGGACUAAGCCAACUUGCAAAAUUCAGUUGCAAUAAGUCAUGUGGUGGUGUGCCUGGGAGAGAACAAGAGAGGACGCAGUGGGAUGAUAACUUUUUUCUCUUUUCUUUUUUUUUUGUUUUGUUUUCCUUUUUGCUGGAUCUGACCUGAUGGGCCUAUUGUACAGACCAGUGGCCUGGGCUGGAAGGUGGUAUUGAAGCAUGUAAGACAGUCCAGAGGAGGUGUCGUAUGUGUGAGGACACACCGUCAAGAUUCAUAAGCAAACACAGAAAAAUCUUGUUUAAAAAAAAAAAAAAAAAAAGUUUUCAAAAGCAUGCUUGAAAGAGAAAAGCACUGCAAGAAUAUUUUUUGAGAAAUGUAUUUUUUAUUAGAGCUAACAUCCUAGGUUGUAAAUGUUAGGAUAUUUAACAUGUAAUUGUAACCCUGUGGGAAAUGUUUGCCUUCAGGGAGUGUAAAAAGAGAAAUAUAUCUGUUUAUUGAUCUGCUUUGAGAGGAGAGUCCCCUUCAACAGGUCUUCACGCAAAACUCACUCUUUAACCAAAUAAGUAGCUGCCUUUAGAGACUCUUGACUGUGUGAUAUAUAUUGGAUAUUCUGGUAUACGCUCACACACAAAUGCAUAUAAUUGCACACAAGUGCAGGCUACAGCUCAUUAUGGAAACAUAACUUAUUUUACUCUGUAUAUAUUUUAGAAAAUGUAUAGUGUAAAACCAGUAUUUUUCCCUUGUACUUUUGGGUAAUGCACUGUUCAUCCGAAUAGGAUGUAUGUAUAAAGCUAAUGUGAUGAGAGAAAGCCGAGACCAGAUUUGAGUCAUGAAUGAUCCGCUCCACUUUUGUCAUCCAAUCACACAAACUUCAAAACUUCCCAAAGGCUGCCUUGGUUUGUUUGUUGUGGUCUUGCAAAAGGGGGGGUGUCAGGCCUCAUUUUGGGACAAGCCACCCGUCAGCCUUUGUGACGGUGUUGGCAUGGGAGAUCUAAUGUCGCCUCCUUCUCCUGUCUGAGCACACAGAUCCCGCCAAGUCAUAUGCAUUCCAUCUCUCCACUGUGAUCUUUUCAUUAGCACGUCACCCCCAGCAUAAGCGCCGCUUAAAGCCUCAUGAAGGGGAGACUGAGGUUUGUGUUUGUCCGUGUAGGUUGAUCACGUUGCAAAGAGGGGAAAUGGCUGUGCUAUGCUUUCAGAAUGGCCCUACUUGCUGCUGUGACUGCAGGACAUGAACCGUUCUCUGAAUGCUUUCUGGAAAUCUUGUCAUGGCACAUUGUAACAGUCACUGUACUCAUUCCUCAGAGAGCUUUUUUCCCUGCUUGUCUGGUACAUUUGAAUGCUGUUCUUAAUUAUUUAAUGAAUAUUAUUUACUUGGAGGAUGUUUUAAUGUAGGGGUGCAUUGUAUUUUUUUUCCCUCCCCUGUUCACUCACAUACCAGCCUUCUCUCUGGAUAAAUAAACCUAAUCAUACAUUAA